GAGGGAAAAGGGGAAGGGAGGAGGAGACAGGCAGCUUACACACGCCUUCCAGUCCCUCCACUCAGAGCAGCCAGGAGUGCUGCUGCCGCUGCUAUCCCUGCUGCUGCUAUUGCUGCCACUACGGCUGCCACCUGAGGAGACCGCCUGGACCCGCUGCCCCCUGUUGCCAUCCCUGGCUGUUCCUUCCUAGCACCGCUUUUUAUGCACAUUGCCACCACCACCAUCAUCAUCUUCAUCAUCAUCAUCAUCUUCAUCAUCAUCAGUAUUCCAAAAGAAGGGAAAUAGCAGAUCAGCCAAAAAGAACCACGUACACCUUUCUGAAUUGCUCAAGUAUCUCCCGAGAAAAGAGGGUCGCCGGUCCCGGUAGAAGCAGCCAAGGGGAACAAGGGCGAGUGUUGAAAGGGAGGAAGAGUUGGGACACUGCGUGGUGGAAAGUUACGUGCAGCGCAGACCCGAAGGUGCAGCGCCACAGCCCAGGGGGCGGUGUGUCUGGGAGAAGCCGCUGCCCCCUGCGUCCCAAACCGCGAGCGCGCGGGCAGCCUGGGAUAGGGAAGGACGCCCCCUCCUGCGGCGCGGACUCUGUUGGUGGCUCCGGAGGAGGUGGAGAAAUAUGGCAUCGAAGGCGGCCCCCUCCUGCCGUCUGGUCUUCUGCCUCUUGAUCUCCGCUGCUGUUCUCAGGCCAGGCCUUGGAUUGUAUACUGUAAGUUCAGCAUAUGGAGAUACCAUAAUCAUGCCUUGCCGACUCGAUGUACCUCAGAAUCUCAUGUUUGGCAAAUGGAAAUAUGAAAAACCCGACGGCUCCCCAGUAUUUAUUGCCUUCAGGUCUUCCACGAAGAAGAGCGUGCAGUACGACGACGUACCAGAAUACAAAGACAGACUGAGCCUCUCGGAAAACUACACGUUGUCCAUCAGCAAUGCGAGGAUCAGCGAUGAAAAGAGAUUUGUGUGCAUGCUGGUGACCGAGGACGACGUGUACGAGGCGCCCACGAUAGUCAAGGUGUUCAAGCAACCAUCGAAACCUGAAAUUGUUAGCAAAGCACCAUUUCUUGAAACAGAGAAGCUAACAAAGUUAGGUGACUGCAUUUCAAAAGACAGUUACCCAGAUGGCAACAUCACAUGGUACAGGAGUGGAAAAGUGCUGCAACCCCUUGAAGGAGCGGUGGUCAUAAAUUUUAUAAAGGAUAUAGACCCAGUAACUCAACUCUAUACCAUGACCUCGUCCCUGGAGUACAAGACAACCAAGGCGGACAUACAAAUGCCAUUUGCCUGCUCUGUGACAUAUUAUGGGCCAGCAGGCCAGAAAACAGUUCAUUCUGAACAAGCCGUCUUUGAUAUCUACUAUCCUACGGAGCAGGUAACGAUACAAGUGCUGCCACCAAAAAGUGCCAUCAAAGAAGGGGACAAUAUUACUCUGAAAUGCUUGGGAAAUGGAAACCCUCCUCCACAGGAGUUUCUGUUUUACUUACCAGGACAGCCCGAAGGAAUCAGAAGCUCAAAUACGUACACCUUGACAGACGUGAGGCGCAACGCAACAGGAGACUACAGAUGCUCCCUGACAGACAAAAAAGGCAUGGUCGCCUCAACCGUCAUCACAGUUCACUAUUUGGAUUUGUCCUUGAAUCCCAGUGGGGAAGUGACCAAGCAGAUCGGCGACACCCUGCCUGUGUCCUGCACAAUAUCUGCCAGUAGGAACGCGACUGUAGUAUGGAUGAAAGAUAACACCAGGCUUAAAUCUAGCCCAUCAUUUUCUAGUCUCCAGUAUCAGGAUGCGGGCAACUACGUCUGCGAAACGGCUCUGCAGGAGGUGGAGGGGCUGAAGAAAAGAGAGUCAUUGACUCUCAUCGUAGAAGGUAAACCUCAAAUCAAAAUGACAAAGAAAACUGAUCCCAGUGGACUGUCUAAAACAAUCAUCUGCCACGUGGAAGGAUUCCCCAAGCCUGCUAUUCAGUGGACAAUUACCGGUAGCGGAAGUGUCAUAAACCAAACAGAGGAAUCUCCUUAUAUCAAUGGCAGGUAUUAUAGUAAAAUUAUCAUUUCCCCUGAAGAGAAUGUUACAUUAACUUGCACAGCAGAAAACCAGCUGGAGAGAACAGUAAACUCCUUGAAUGUCUCUGCUAUAAGCAUUCCAGAACACGAUGAGGCAGACGAGAUAAGUGAUGAAAACAGAGAAAAGGUGAAUGACCAGGCAAAGCUCAUUGUGGGCAUCGUGGUCGGUCUCCUGCUUGCUGCCCUCGUGGCUGGUGUUGUCUACUGGCUGUACAUGAAGAAAUCAAAGACUGCAUCAAAACACGUAAACAAGGACCUUGGUAAUCUGGAAGAAAAUAAAAAAUUGGAAGAAAACAAUCACAAAACAGAAGCCUAAGAGAGAAACUGGUCGAGUUGUUGUCCAGAGGAAAAAACUAUAUAGGUCAAUUGAAGCAUGAACGUGGAUUGUAUUUAAGACAUAUACAAAGACAUUGACAGCAAUUCAUGGUUCAAAUAUUAAGCAGUUCAUUCUACCAAGCUGUCACAAGAUUUUAGAGAAUUGUCUCAAGUCAAUGAAAUGAAAUUACAAACAAUAACUACAAGUUUUGGCAGCCAUGAUGAUAGGUCAUAUGUUGUGUUUGGUUUGAUUUUUUUUUUUUUUUUUUUUUCUGUAAAUGUCUGCACUGAGGAUUUCCUUUUGGUUUGCCUUUUAUGUCAAUUUUUUACGUAGCUAUUUUUAUACACUGUAAGCUUUGUUCUGGGAGUUGCUGUUAAUCUGAUGUAUAAUGUAAUGUUUUUAUUUCAGUUGUUUAUAUGGAUAAUCUGAGCAGGUACAUUUCUGAUUCUGAUUGCUAUCAAUAAUGCCCCCAAAGUGUUUCACAAGCCCCUAAAUCCCAAAGGUGGCAGCUUGUGAAGACUGGGGACACACACAUGCCCUAUUCCAAAACUGUGAUUUUUAUCAGGAGAGGGGGAGGCAGAGAGUCAGAUUGAUGAGCGACUUCUGUGUAUACGCUGCCAGCCGACUCUCAGAAGCAAAUCUCAUGUACAUAUGGACGCACAUAUGUAAUAAUGGUACUCCCAAACUGACUGCUUGCCUGUACUGGAAAAACCAUAACAGAAUUUGGGUAGCACUUACCUUUCGCAACAUCUGCUAGUAAAUUAUUUUCUGUCAAAAGAAAAAAAAAUCAAUGUGUGAGAGACAGUUUGGAAAAAUCAUGGAUAACAUUUCCAUUGUCAUAGAUCAGAAUGCAAAUCGCUAUAUUUGAAAAUUGGUGUUAAAUCCUUUGGGUUAUCCACUGCCUUAAAAUUGUACCCAUUUGUUGUUUAAAAAGAUAUCAGUCAGAAUUGGAGAUUUUUAACAGUGGUCAUUAUCAAAGCUGUGUUAUUUUCCACAGAAUAUAGAAUAUAUAUUUUUUUCGUGUGUUUUUGUUAACUACGCUACAGAUAUUGAAUGCACCUUGAGAUGAUUUAGUGUUUUUAACUGGUACAUAAUUUAUCAAGCAGUACAUAAAAGUGUAAUAAUAAAAUGUCUAUGUAUCUUUAGUUACAUUCAAAUUUGUAACUUUAUAAACGUGUUUUAUGCUUGAGAAACUUUUUAGGGUGGUAGUAAAAUGGAAACUUUUUGAAGUAGACUGGAUAUGGGCAAUAGUUACUUGUGACUAGACUUUUAAACUUUGCUCUUUCAAGCAGAAGCCUGGAUUCUGGGAGAACAACACUGCACAGUCCUUUUGUCCCAGGAUUUGCAUAACUUUAUAGAAAAAGAAAAUGAACAUCAGAUUUCCAGGUAUUGAACUGUGUGCUUUGGGAGAAAGAGGAAAACUGGUGUUAGGUUUUUUUUAGACGAAUGGAAUAAAAAUUAUGAAGGCAAUGAAAAAGAAAUUAAAGAUUCAAGUCAGAUAGGAAUAAUAUUUUGCCACUUCUGCAUUAUUUAGAAACACAUGUUAUUGUACAUUUGUAAACCAUUUACUGUCUGGGCAAUAGUAUCUGUUUAAUAAAAGCUUCCUGUAGUGCAUUGGUAUGGAUUAAAUACAUAAAAUAUCCUAUUAGACUCAAAGCUGUGUAAAAUAUUAUGGGGAAAAAGAAAAUAUGUUAUUUUGCCUCUAAUCUUUUGAUUUAGUGAAGUUUUAUUUGGCAGGAAACAAUUGAAUCUUGGUCAAUAUUUAAACCAAAGUGAAAGGGGAAAAACCAAAGUUACUUGUUUUGCAUGGCUAAGCCAUUCUGUUAUCUCUGUAAAUACUGUGAUUUCUCUUUUUUCUUUUCUCUUUAGAAUUUUGUUAAAGAAAUUCUAAAAUUUUUAAACACCUGCUUUCCACUAUAAACCAUGAACACUAAAAUGAAAUCACUUUCAUAUAAAUGCUUUUUCCUUUGGUGUGGGAGAUCAAAGAUUCAAAGUCUAACUCCUAAGAUGUAUUUGCAGAAAGAAGCAAUGUGACAAUAGAAAGAGAGGGUUAUAUCACAAUGAUUUCUUGGCUUUCAUUUGCUGUGGUUAACUAAGUCCAAAACAGCUGUCGGAACCUAGUGAGCAGAACAUUCACGACUCAGAGCUCUGGACAGAAAGCAAGAAGGUUGCGUUAUAACUGUUGAAUCAGUGCCUGGAUGAAAAGGAACGCUUGUUUGUGUAAUGGCAGAGAUAUGCACAGAGAGCAAGGCUGGGAAGGAAGAUCAUGCAGGACCCUCAACUUCUGAGGUUGCAUCUCUUCGGUUUAACUCUUUGGCAACUGGAGACAGGUUUUGCCAGUUUAAGUUUCACUUCCAAUCUUUGAUUACAGGAAUUGUGUAUGGAAAUGGAUUAACAUACCCGUCUAUGCCUAAAAGAUAAUAAAACUGAAAUAUGUCUUCA